AUGGACACGAACGUCGCAGCUCCCGCGAAGGUGAAAGUGCCGUUUUGGCGCUCGACAUGGUGCGCGGCGAUUGUUGUCGGUCUCUCCGGAUUCCUCGCUCCAGGAGUGUAUUCGGCUAUGGCCGCAACCGGCGCCGGAGGUUUGGCCAAUGUUCAGAUUGGUAACGCAUCUGUUGCAGUCGCAUAUGCCCUUAUCGUACCCUCGGCUCUGGUAACCACCGCGUUCAUCUCCAAAUUCGGACCGCGUAUUACUCUUGCUCUCGGUGCUGCAGGAUAUGCGCCUUACGCAGGUUGUCUAUACGCCAACUCUGCGUAUGGCAACCAAUGGGGUCUCAUCGUCGGGGCGAUAGUGUGCGGUGCGACUUCAGGGCUCUUCUGGGUCACGGAGGGAAGCGUGAUCAUGAACUACGCCGAACCGAACAAAAAGGGCAAGUUGAUCGCCACGUGGCAAUCCUUAUACUAUUCCUCUACGAUCAUCGGCGGCGCUAUCAACCUGGCUCUCAACUACAACGAUCGGUCGGCAGGCGGUUUGGCGCCGAAGACCUACAUUGUCUUCAUCUGCCUGAUGUGCAUUGCUCCUUUCGUCGCCUUGCUGCUCCGCAACCCGGAGGAGAUCGUGCGUACAGACGGCAAGGCCGUGAUGGACUUCCCGAAAGAGUCGUUCACAAAGGAGAUAUGGCUCACAAUCAAAGAGCUGGGCGAAUGGCGCGUUGCUGUCUGUUCCAUCAUGUGGACGCAGGCUCUCUUCCUGCCGUCCAUGGUCUCCACCUAUGUCGCGACCUUCUUCAAUACCCGAACCCGCGGUCUCACCUCUCUUUGUGCUCCUAUCGUCGCCAUCUUCUUCUUCCUGCUCCUCGGACACGCCCUGGACUCCAAGUUCGCCGUGCGGAAGAAGGCUUUGAUCGUAUAUGGUACCAUUCAAGUCGGCCUACUCGCUUGCAUCAUUUGGAUGCUCGUUAAAGCCAACUCCCUCGAAUCGGGCGAGAAGCCGCGCUAUGAUUGGACCGAUGGAGCUGCAUUCGGCGCAGCUUGGGUUCCUGCCCUUCUUGGAUACGCGUUCCAGUGGAACUCAUACGGAAUGAACUACUAUAUUUCUGGUUAUUUGUUCAAGGAUAGCGCCAACGGAGCGCGGAUGACGCGCAUCAUCGCUACCCUGCGUAGCGCUGAGAGCGGCAGCGCAGCUAUUGCAUUCGGUAUCAACGCAACGAAGUUCCUCCUGUGGAAGACUGCCAUACUGAACCUCAUCUUUGCCGUUUUGUCCGUCACUGCUUUCACGAUCAUCCUGGCGGACGUCUGGAAGCGCGACCUCAAGGGCGAAUUCGAUGUCUGGCACGGCGGUGCUAAAGGAGACGCUACAGGCACGGAAAGCAAGGCGGACACUGCCUCGUCGCACGAUGAGAAGGUGGCCGAGCCCUGA